AUGUCACAGUCGAAUGGUAUCGCAACGUUGUUAAAGGCUGAGAAAGAGGCCCAUGAAAUCGUUGCAAAGGCCAGACGGUAUAGACAGGAGAAACUGAAACAAGCAAAGCUAGAUGCUUCGAAGGAAAUAAAUGAAUAUAAGGCUCAAAUGGAUCAGGAAUUGAGAGAUCACGAGGCUGCUAAUGUUGGUUGGGCAGAAAACCUAGAAAAAGAGGCUGAAAGAAAGGUUCAAACAGAGCUAGAGCAAAUCAAACGCUUAUCUUCACAGAAGAAAGAUGCAAUUGUGUCUACACUCAUUACAGCGGUAACGAAACCGCAGCAUGAGGUACACAUCAAUGCAUCGUCGUAG